CAGUUUUGGAGAGAAUUAUAUUCAUUUUUCAUAAACAAAUCCCUUGAAGCCACACAUACGGCAUACAGACGCAUUUUCGGUUCACAAAAUUACUUCUCCAUUUCAGUGUUUUUGUAAUAAAACAUUUUUGCUAGUUAGUUGGGUCUGUGAUGAUCAUCUUAAAAUCUAGACACCGGUCUGCAGGAUUGAUAUCUCCAACUGCGGCGUCAUUUACUGGAUUCGGGUCGGCCAUGUUGUAGUGGGGGUUGAUGCAAGUUUAGAGGUAGGAAGUGUAGCUACAGGAACUGGGUUAGGCUACUUUUGGUGACUUAUUUUGUCAUCAUGUCGCUGUAUACAUUUAGCUGGGGUUUUAUUCAUUAAGGCGUUCUGUCUGUGUCAACCCCUUUAAUCAUUUACUUUCUUCAACAUUCGUGUUGCUUUCAUUUCACUUCAUUGUUAUUUCAUCCACCGAGCACAAAAACGAUUGAGAAAGACCGAUGUGUUGGAGGGAGGCGGGAUGGGGGCGACUGUGAUUUCCAUGUUGGAAUACUAGCUGAUUUUUGUCGAACCAAUAAAUAAAUUGGAAGUACAAACACAAGCGCACGUGACAGAAUAUCGUGGAUUUCUAAAAAGACGUGACCAUGGGCUGCAUCAAGAGUAAAGAGGACAAGGGGCCCACCAUGAAGUACAGACCGGAUAAUGCUCCGGUCUCAGAUGUCAUCGGCCCCCACGUGGGCCACUACGGGCCCGACCCCACACAGCUGCAGCAGAACCAGUCGUCCUCCACGGGGCCCGCUGCAGGUUUCAACCCCCACGCUAUCACCCCCUUUGGAGGAGCCUCCUCCAUCAUGACCCCCUUCGGAGGGGCUUCCACCUCCUUCUCCGGCGCUCUGCUCGGCACAUUCCCCGGUGCCGUCUCAGGUGGGGUUACGUUCUUUGUGGCCUUGUACGACUAUGAAGCGAGAACCUCAGACGACCUGUCGUUCAAAAAAGGGGACCGCUUCCAGAUCAUCAAUAACACAGAAGGGGACUGGUGGGAGGCACGCUCCAUCAACACAGGGAAGAAGGGGUACAUUCCCAGUAACUAUGUGGCACCAGCUGACUCGAUCCAGGCUGAAGAGUGGUACUUUGGUAAAAUGGGACGUAAAGAUGCUGAGAGGCUGCUGUUGAAUCCAGGCAACAACCGAGGCACCUUCCUGGUGCGAGAAAGUGAAACUACUAAAGGUGCUUACUCCCUGUCCAUACGAGACUGGGACGAUGCCAAAGGUGACAAUGUGAAACACUAUAAGAUCCGCAAACUUGACAACGGGGGUUACUACAUCACCACGCGCGCCCAGUUUGACACGCUGCAGAAACUGGUCAAACACUACACAGAGCAUGCAGACGGUCUGUGCUACCGGCUGACCACGGUGUGCCCCACGGUGAAGCCUCAGACCCAGGGACUGGCCAAGGAUGCCUGGGAGAUCCCCCGGGAGUCCCUCCGCCUGGAGCUCAAACUGGGCCAGGGCUGCUUCGGAGAGGUCUGGAUGGGCACGUGGAACGGCACCACCAAGGUGGCCAUUAAGACCCUGAAGCCAGGCACCAUGUCCCCCGAGGCCUUCCUCCAGGAGGCCCAGAUCAUGAAGAAGCUGAGGCACGACAAACUGGUGCCCCUCUACGCCGUGGUGUCUGAGGAACCCAUCUACAUCGUCACCGAGUACAUGGCCAAAGGAAGUUUGCUGGACUUCCUGAAGGAAGGAGACGGUAAAUUCCUCAAGCUUCCCUUGCUGGUGGAUAUGGCAGCACAGAUCGCUGACGGAAUGGCCUUCAUUGAGAGGAUGAACUACAUCCACAGGGACCUGCGCGCCGCUAACAUCCUGGUCGGGGACAACCUGGUGUGCAAGAUUGCCGACUUCGGUCUGGCCAGGCUGAUCGAGGACAACGAGUACACGGCUAGGCAAGGGGCCAAGUUCCCCAUCAAGUGGACGGCUCCUGAAGCUGCCCUGUACGGCCGCUUCACCAUCAAGUCAGACGGCUGGUCCUUCGGCAUCUUACUCACUGAACUGGUCACCAAGGGCAGGGUGCCCUACCCAGGCAUGGUGAACAGGGAGGUCCUGGAGCAGGUGGAGCGGGGGUACCGUAUGCCGUGCCCCCAGGGCUGUCCAGAGUCCCUCCACGAAAUGAUGAAGCUGUGCUGGAAGAAGGACCCUGACGAGAGGCCCACCUUCGAGUACAUCCAGUCCUUCCUGGAGGACUACUUCACAGCCACGGAGCCACAGUACCAGCCUGGGGAUAACCUAUAGUCAGGCCUAGGCACAGCGCAGCCCUGGACCACUUCACCGUGCAAUGUAUCUCUCCACCCAGGAGAAGCAGACUUGGAUACAGACGCAUGGAGACUAAAUUCUAUGAAUAAUGUGCUUCAGAAAAGCCAACUGGAAGCUUGGUUAUUGAGUUGCACAAACCACUGCUAUCCCUGAUGAUAAAAAUAAUAUGCUUUUUUUUUUAUUACACUAAUUUUCUGUUUCUUUUUUAUUUCAGGUACUACAUACAGGUCUUAGUUUGUAUGACUUUACUAUUUUUGUUCCUUUGUUUUUUUUUUGUCCUCAAUGAUCAUUUUCUUUUUCAAAGUGACCAAUCAUUCAACUGUGUAGUUGUUUUAAACAAAUCUGUUGAACCAUGAAAAUGGCACAUGAGAAAGCCCAUCAGGUAGAGGCCCUCGGAAUAAGCGCUCUUCAAAAUGGAGGACGAGAGAGGAUGUACUGUAAGGCUGCGUUUACACACAGUCAGCCCAAUUCUGAUCAUUUUUCCAAACAUCAGAUCUUUUUCAGAGCUGAUCUGAUUGGUUAAAAGACCAAUGGUAUACUGUUGGAAUACUUCAAGAGAGAUAAUUCAGUUCUGUGUUCAGUACAUUUCAUCAGUUCAACUGGAAAAUGCUUUUCUUUCUCCUUUCGUGUUUUUCUGAAUUGACUUGAGUGGCGCAGAUCAGGGACAGUUGCGUGGGUCCGUCUUGUUAUUCAUAUCAUGGACAUGGUUCUAGGUUCAUGUGAAGCCCUCCCUCGAGUCCUUCAAUUACAUACAGGACAUUUCUACAACACUAAGUCCAUCCUGUUAUGUGUCCAAGACAGACUGUUGCCAUGCCAAGUUACAUAACCUCUUUCAAGAUCACUACAGAGUAUGACUAAACCUUGUUGCUCUUAGACUUUGAUCUUGGGUCAGUUUAGCAUUUUCCCUACAAAUUCUUUAGGUGAGGAUUACGGGUGUGGAAGCUGAUCCUAGAUCUGUAACUAGGGGAAACUUCACCCCAGAGCAAUGUAUCACUGUGAGAUGGGAGAAUAUUCAGCUAUAACCUGGAAAUGCCCACAGCCCUGUAGAUCACUAAGCUACAUGCCAACGCAGAUUGUCUCUGCACAUAUCAUAGCACUACACAACAGGAGGCAAUAUUGAACGGAGCUAGUAUGGACUAACUGUACAUCUAGGACCAGAAUUAGAAUUUAUGGAUGCAACCACCUGAUUUGGCAGUUACAUGCCAGCAAUAACUUCUACACACCUAUGUUAAAAAGGACUUUGCCUUCACUUUCACUUACAUGGAGAAGUCAUUUGACAAAUGUUCUCUUGGAUUCUAUAUUAGACUCAUCCUCAAGUGUUCCAUUUUCAGACCUAAAGAUGGUCAAAAAGGAAACCAUUUCACCUUUAUGGGAAAAUAUUGCCAAAGCACCUGAAAACUGUUUUAUGUUGACUACAUGUGAUUUUAUAGUGUGAAUGGAUUUAAUUCAGGCUACAGUUUCAGCCUAGAUAAAAAAUGUUUGUUGUUGAAGGUAGACACAGCGAAAUGACGUUGCCCAGGGCAGCGAUGAGCGAGAUGUCACAUACAGUAUCUGCGCUUGUGCAUGGGUUCGCUUCACGCUUCAACGAUCUUAGUUGUUGCGGAAAUUGACCCACUAUGCUGUUUACUUUGUGCACCUACAUCAUAUCGCUACAUCACAGUAGUCAGAACCAGUGAACGGUCCGUUAUAUUUUAAGACUGCAAAAUGGAGGAAGCUCAGAGGUCUUUUUAAUGCGUCAUGUCACAUCCACAGGUGUCAUUUUACUCUUGUUUUUCUUUAAACUCAUCAGUUAAGUGUUAUAUUUUAUUAUGCAUACUUACACAGAUGGACAGAAGACAGAUGGUUAACUGGGGAUUUAAAGAAGGGCUUUGUACAAAAUCCUGAUUUUAUAAAAAAGACAACAAAGACUAGAACGCAAGUUAUAAAGUUGGGGGAAAGAUAAAUAAUUAUGGUUUAGAUACUAAUCUGUGGAAUUUGUACAGUUGGAAAAUAAAAACAAUUCUGAUUCUAA